AUGGACACUUUUGGUCUAAAAAUAAAAGAAGAUUUUGUUAUUGAAAAUGGAUUUGUAUGUGUAAAUCACAGUAGUUUUGGUUUUGUGCCUAAAGAGGUUUUUUCCUAAAGAAUAGAACAUUAUACAAAAUUUUUAUAAAACCCUGAUAGAUUCGUAAAAAUUGAUUAUCCUAAAUACACAGCAGAAAUAAGAAAGACAGCUGCAGAAUUUCUGAAUACUGAUUUUAACUAAUGCAUGUUGGCUAGUAAUUCGGCAGAAUCCUUUAAUAGCAUCAUAAGAAAUCUUGGACUUACAGAAAAUGAUACAAUCUUAUAUUUCAGUAUUGCUUAUCCAAUGGUUUAGAAUACAAUCAAAUUCAUGACUACCAAUUAUAAUGUAAAGGAAAUUAAGAUUGAAUUAAAAAGACAACAUCUGGACAAGUAAACCAUCCUAUCAUUAUUUGAAGAACAACUCAAAACAUAGAAGAUAACAGUUGCUGUUUUUGACAAUAUAACAGCGUUGCCAUCUUUGAAAUUGCCUAUAAAAGAAUUAAUAUUGUUGUGCAAAUAAUAUAAUACAAUCAAUAUAGUUGAUGCUGCACAUGGUUCUGGAAUCACUGCUUUAGAUAUCAAAGACUUAGAUCCAGACUUUUUAUUUACUAAUUUUAACAAAUGGGCCUUUUGCCCUUCAGGAGUUAACAUUCUAUAUUUGAAAGAGCAAUAUUUAGAUAAAAUCCAUCAUAAUACAAUAUCAAUUCAUUAUGGUAAUGGGUUGGCAAAAGAGUUUGAAUAUUCUGGUACAAAAGAUUUUAGCCUUCCACUAUCAUUAAUAGAUGGGGUUAAUUUUAUAAAAAAACAUGGAUUAAAUUAAAUAAUUCAAUAUUCUGUAGAUUUAGCUUGGGAAGGAGCUAAUUUAGUUGCAUAAAUAUGGUAAACAGAAUUACUAGUCAAUGAUAAAUCUAUGCAUUCUGCAAUGGUAAAUGUUAGAAUACCUCAUGAAGACCAAAACUACUGCAGAGAAUGUCAAAAAAAGUGUUAUGAAAAAUACAAUGUGUUUUUGGUUGUAUUUAAGUAUGACGAAUUAAAUUGGACAAGAUUGUCAGCCAGUUUAUAUAAUACAAUAGCUGAUUAUGAAUAUGCAGCUAAAUGUUAUUUGAAAGUUUUGAAAGGAGAAGAAUGA